UUGAUUUAUUCGAUGAACGUUUUGCCUUGAUCUACAAUCUACAUUCUACAAACAAAAAAUCAAAGGGGAACAAAACAAAUAAGUGUAUUGAUUUUUCUUAAAAUAAGUUAGCGUGAACAAAAUGUUUUGCUGUUUGAAAAGUUGUGUCAAUGGGUUCUCAUUAUCGCCCAGUGUGCCAAUUAGGGUAAAAGAAAAUCCAAUUCAGCUGGACACUCUUCAUAUGGGCCAUGAAGUAGUAAUUGUAAAAGGUGGUCAACGAGCAUGUGGGUCUGGUUGUGUACUUGGCAACGCACCACUUGUCCAAAACAAGGCUUACUUUGAGGUGAAGCUACAGCAAGGUGGUGUUUGGGCUGUCGGAUUAGCUUCACGGGAAACAGAUAUAAAUAAAGUUCAUGGUGGAGUAGACAAAGAAUCAUGGUGCUUAAACAGUGACGGUACAGUCCGGCAUGACAAUGUAGAACUUUAUCAACUAAAAGCGGCCCCAGAGACACAAACAGAUAUCCUAGUAUCAACAGGCUCACCACAGAAUCACAAAAAUGAAGAUAAUAUAAUAUCAGUGAUGCCUGUGGAAGGCGAUGUUAUAGGAUUAGCGUAUGAUCAUGUUGAGUUAAAUUUCUUUUUAAACGGAAAGAAUAUGGAAAUACCAGUACGUAGUGUUAGAGGGACAGUUUAUCCGGCCCUAUAUGUUGAUGACGGUGCAAUAUUGGAUGUAAUCCUCGAUAAUUUUCGGUAUCCACCUCCUAAUGGCUUCGAGAAAAUAAUGGUGGAACAAUCUCUGCUCUAACAAAUAGAUCUCAUAGUAUAAUUGUGUGGACACUUGCUUGUGUGUGAGACUGUUAAAUUAUUUAUCCUUAACCUACUUAUAAACACCUCCUAAUAUAACCAGGAUAUAUGUAUAUAAAUA